AACCAAACCAAACAAAAAAACCUUAAUGUCUUAAGAGGCCUUGGCCCUGGAGUAAGUCACAAACGUAUACAUUUAAGUGGUCCCUUGGUCUAAGGAAUGAGACUAACUGAGAUCCUGGGAAAACCCAAGCUCUCCCCCAAGGGUCUGGUGACAGAUGGGUGUCCAGGGCCACCGUGCCUGAGAGUCACCCAGUGUGAGCCUUCAGAAAGAGUCCAGCCGAACAUUUGGCAUCCCAGCCGCUAUGCUAUGGGCAUUCAAUUUUUGGUAUUUUAAAUGGAUAGUGAUGAAAAUAGAUAACUUGAUGUCUCCCUGUAAUUCCCACGUGCCAGGUUCUCCACAUGCUAAAUCCUUACAGUAAUCGUAUGAAGAAAGUGCUUUUCUUAUCUUCAUUUUUAUGAGGAAACCAAGACUCAGAAAGGUUAGGUAACUUGGCCAAGGUCACCCAGCUUACAUGUGUUUAAAAACAUGAAAAUCAUGUGAAUUGUUUAUUUAACUGACUCAUUUGCAAAGGCUAUUAUAACUAAACCAACAGACUGUGGGUUGACAAGGAUAAAGGUGUCUUGGAAGGGAAUGUCAGGAUUUAGAGGAGUAAUUUUAAAAAAUUAUGUCUUGAAGCAGACCUGUAGAUUUGCUUUUUAUUGCUUUACAUGUCACAUGUCAGGAAGAUCUCCAGUGGUGGUUAUAGGCCCAGAUUGAAUUAAUAACUUUUAGUCUGAAGACAGACCUUUCCUUUGAAGCUGGGCUGGCCUGUGAUAACGUGCGGCUGGGGUCACUGCCUGCAGGUCCCCACCCGCACUGAAUGAGAAUCCACUUGGCGCUUUCAUGAAAUUCAGGUUCUGUCAUAUUUAUGCAGUCCUGUUUAAGUGACAGUCACUGAAUACGGUUGCUUUCAAGCAAGUUAUUCUGUUUAACCAGAGUCCUAGCAGAAUUCUGAUAAACAGGUGGCCAUACAAAAAAAAAAAAAAAGAAAUAAUUUAAUCCUCACAACAUUUCUGAGAAGUGGUUCCUAAGUUUAUCACAGUCUUGCAGAUGUGUAAACUGAGGUGUGCAGUGCAAGCAAUGUCCCCAAACCACGCCACUGUGUAAGUGAUGGAGCCUAAGUGCAGACGAAGGUAACGCCAAGGCCAGCGCCUUGCAUCUGUAGCCAGUUUUUGGAAAAAACUCAAGGGAAAAACCACAGCAAAUUUCUGGAGUUCUUGUGAUUUCUCCUACCUCAACACAACUUCCCCCAUAAACCAAGGACUGAAUGAUUAGUCAAUAAAUGAAAGGAAAUGCAUAUAGUAUCUGUCGCUCAGUGCAGGUCUCUUUCUUGCAGUGCCCAAGGUGGCUGGAAUCCGUUGGUGGCGCAGAGUGCUCUCAGCCACCCUCCGCGCUUCUUGGAGCAGAGGCUGACAUUCAGCUGCUUGAAACCGGCUCAUUCACACGCCAGUUGAAGACUCAGCUUUGGAGGUUUUCGGAGUAGAUGCUGCGCGUCCCUCGGAGGGACGGGAGCGGCAGCGUCCAGCAGGCCGCCGUCAGGGUCCUGCGAACACGAGCGCCCCCGGCCCUCGUCCCCGUCCCCGUCGCCGGAUGGCGUUGGCCGCGCACUGAAGGCGCUUCUCGUCGGGAUUCUGGGCUCGUGAGGAGGCGGCGGGCAGGGAGGAGAUGCUGAGUUCCAUCAAGUGCGUGUUGGUGGGCGACUCCGCCGUGGGGAAAACCUCCCUGUUGGUGCGCUUCACCUCCGAGACCUUCCCCGAGGCCUACAAGCCCACGGUGUACGAGAACACGGGGGUGGAUGUCUUCAUGGACGGCGUCCAGAUCAGCCUGGGCCUGUGGGACACGGCGGGCAACGACGCCUUCAGAAGCAUCCGGCCCCUGUCCUACCAGCAGGCUGACGUGGUGCUGAUGUGCUACUCCGUGGCCAACCAGAACUCCUUCCUGAACCUGAAGAACAAGUGGAUCGGUGAGAUCAGGAGCAACUUGCCCUGUACCCCCGUGCUGGUGGUGGCCACCCAGACGGACCAGCGGGAGCUGGGGCCCCAUAGGGCCACCUGCGUCAAUGCCAUCGAAGGGAAGAGGCUGGCUCAGGACGUGAGAGCCAAGGGCUACUUGGAGUGCUCAGCCCUCAGCAACCGGGGCGUGCAGCAGGUGUUCGAGUGCGCGGUGCGAACUGCCGUCAACCAGGCCCGCAGACGCAGCAGGAGGCGGCUCUUCUCCAUGAGUGAGUGCAAGAUCCUCUGAGCCCCCGAGACUCCGCCCAGCACCUAGGGCCCCGCCCCAAGACGAACGCGAGAGGGAGAGCCGCGAGCCAGGAAGGGUCGGUGCUCUUUCUGGGCACGGCUCGAGCAGUGUUUCCUUUUGGAUACAGUUAUUGCCAAGGCUUGGCCACUGGAUGUUUUCACCAGCUACACUCUGCAAAUGAACUCCUUGCCCGGUCCAAUAAGAAAAUCCAUUGGGAAGCUGUAAUGAAUAUUCCAUCUUCAUUAAAAAAAUAAAAUAGGCCGGGGGUGUGGUGGCACGUGCCUGUAGUCCCGGCUGCUUAGGAGACCAA